GGCGGCGGGGGUCCGCUGCCUGGCAAUAGGUCCCCCGGCCGGGGAACCCCCCGCUGGGGGACCUAUUGACGUCUCUGAGCGGCCGGCGGCCGCUCCGUGUGCUGCGCCGCGUGGUGCUGCUGCGGUAGAGGACGCUACGCACCGGAUGGACCCCCCCCCAGUGGCCCUGCUGAAGCGGGCGGGGGCCGUCCCCCUGGGGGGCCCCAACACCAGCGAGCUUUGCAUGUGGUCCGAGUCCCACCACCACGUGGACGGCAUCCCCCGGGACCCCCACCACCUGGAGAGGGUCCCGGGGGGCAGCUCAGUUAAUAUAGCAGGGCUGAAGGCUGAGAGAAGAAGCCCUGGAAGCUGUCAGAGAGGAGCCAUGGACACUGUCUCUGAACCGGACCCUGGACUCACGAUGGAACCUGAGGACAAGUCUUUUGACCCGAGGAAGACCAGCCACAGAAGAUUUGCCCUAAAGUCCUGCAACAUUGUCUUGCUGAUAUUCGGACUGCUGAGUAUUCUCUUGGUCUCCAUGCAGUUCAGUUCAGUGAUGCCCACGGAAGAGGAGGAGGAGGCCCCCAGCAUCACAGAGUUCCACUCCUCUACCCACGUGUUGCCCGUGGGCCAAACGGCCCGCUACACCUGCCACGCCGGCGGCACGCCGGAGCCCACAGUAGAGUGGCUCCACAACGGCAGGCCCCUGGAGAGGAACAGCACAGUCAACCAAUCAGAGGCCUGGGUGGAGAGGGGCUUCCUCUUCGUCAGAGGUGGGAGGUACGGCGUGAACACGGUCUGCUGCAUGGCGAGCAACAGCGCUGGCACGGCCAAUCACAGCGCUGAGCUGCUUGUCUUUGAGCGCAGGAGAACAGUACUAGUGAUGAUGAUGAUGAUGAGGAUGAAGAGCGGUUCAGCAGCUCAUCAUGUCUGGUUCUCCCUCAGAUGCCUGUGACCUCACACUGGACCCCAACACGGCCCACA